CACAACGCGCACAAUGCUUAUGUCAGAAACGAUUUAUUUACGAACCCAACUUCAAAUGACGUAGGCCGGUACAUAAAAAUGGAAUGUCAAGAUUUAAAAGUAAAAUUUAGCCUUCGAAGAAUUUAUCAAAUUUAUAAUUUCUUUUAAUACUCAAUUUUAUAAACUAUGAUAGUUUUCUACAAAGUUUUAACAAAUUGCGAAAAUGUCAAAGGAAGAGUUUGACAUAUACGGGGACUUAGAAGACUUUGAUUUUGGGGAACGUAUAAAAACGCUCGAAACUGAAGUUAAACACUUAUCAGAGAAAAAUAAUGAUAAGGAUCAGCACAUAUCUAGUCUUGAAGCUAAAAUUAAGGAAUUAUGUGAUGCCAAUAACCAACUUACUAAUAAUUUAAGUUCUCUUAUGAAAACUGCUAAAUCAGAAGUGGCUCGAAAAGAUAAAACAAUUGCAGAAUUAAGGAAGCAAAAUGAUGAUCUUGUAUUCCGUCGUAAUAGAAAUAUCAGUGAUACGCGAAAGGAUUCCACAUUUGAUGAGAAUGUUAUAUCAAAGCAUCCAAAUAAUGAGUAUUCUACUAAUGACAAGCAGCAUUAUAAUAAAAAUAAUAACAAAAGGAAAUAUGAUGCUAAUGAUAAAUUUUCCAAGAGAAUAAAAAUGUCUGAUAAUGCUGGUAAUAGUGAUGAUAUUAAUUAUUGUAAAAAUGAUUCAACUACGAAAAGGGCAGAAUUGGAAAUUAGUGCAAAUGUUGAUAAAAAGCUAACUUCAAAAUCAAAUUCCAGUUUAUCUUAUGAUACUUUGAAAAGUCAGUAUAAAGAACCACCUGUAUUAAAAAAUAAUCAAAAUAAAGAUCCUGCUCAUGAAUUAAAAAAAAAUUACAAAAGUGAUUUAUCUAAGAAAAACAAAACAAAUUUAGAUGCUUAUUUUACAAAAAGCAAUAAAUCUGAUAAUUCAACAGUAUCUGAAAAGAGAUACAAUGAUAAAAGAGAAAGAUAUGAAAGAAGGUACUCAAAGGACAAGGAUAGACCAUCUAGUUCUCAUAAAGAAGACAGAAGACAAAAUAGCUCUAAAAUCCUACCUGAAAAACACAGUAACAUAAAUAAAGAAAAUCAUAAUAGUAGAACUCGGCAUUUAGACAAAUCCUCAAAAACAAGGACCAAUCAUGAAUCAUCAGUGAAUGACUUGGAACAUGAAGCCAAGAUUGAUAUCUUGGUUAAGAAGAAGCAAGAUUUAAUAAAAGAGUUGCAAAAAGAAUCUGAAAAAAAUAUGGGUGUUUUUGAUGUUGAUGAUAAAGAUCCUGGAGAUAUUGAAAAAUGUGUGCAAACAAAUUUAUCUCUGUCAGUAAAAGGAGAUGAUAUGCGGAAAUCAACUGAACAUAAUGAGAACAAAAUUUCUAACAUACCAAAUAAAAAGACUCUAACAUCAGAAAAUGAAUAUAAUUCACAAAAUUCAGAUCAUGUGCCCGAUGUAAACAACUCAAAUGUGCAAAAUACAAUAGACCAGAAGAAACAAAUAGAUCGUAUACAUGACAGAGAGCCUAAAUAUUCAAAAAACAUCAAGAUGGAGGAAUCCUCAGAAAUCCCAAAAAAUAUUCAAAUAUCUUCCAUAUCCUUACAUGGUAAGGAUUUUGAUAUUGAAAAGUCAUCUGAAAAGACAAAGCAAGAUAAACUAAUUCAAAAUAAACAAAAAGAUACCAAAGAUGACAGCAAAUAUGAUAAUGAAUCUGCAGGAAUAUUCAAAAAUGAUCAAAUACCUGCUGCAAGUUUGUCGGAAAACAAUUGCAAUCAAGAAGUUUCCGAGCAACCAAAAACUGAGAUAACAAACAAGCAAAGUGAAAUAUAUGAGGAGAAACAUAUGGAACUUAAACAAGAUAAAAAAUCUGCACAAAUAUUUAAAAAUGACCAAAUACCUUCUGCAGGUUUGUCUGUAAACAAUUGCAGUAAAAAACCAUGUGAGCAACUAGAAACUGAGCCAACAAACAUGAAAAGUGAAAUAAAUGAAGAGAAACAUACUGAACUUAAACAACAUUCUGAUAAUUUUGAUACAUUUUGUGAGAAAUCUUUAGGAUUAACUGAUGGUCGAACAUCUUUCAAAUCGGAACAUAAUAUCAAAAACAGCAAUGAUAAAAAAGAAAAUUUUAAUGUGGAAAAAAAUCAUGUUCAUUCUGAGUCGACUGAAAAUAUAAUAUCACAACUUGAAAAUGAUACACUGGAUUAUUCUUUUAAAAUAGAUGAUUCAAAAAGCAAUUUAUCAGAAAAUAAUAAACAUGAAGUGAAUGAAAUAGAUGCAAUGCUGAAAGCUAUACAUAAUGGAGGUCAUGUUCCAAAAUCAUCUAUUAAUAACAAUGUUGUUUCAACUAAUGUUUGUAUUAAUUCAAGUAUUUCUGAAAAUUCUAAUAUGUAUCAAUCAAACUCUAAUGCCACUAAAUAUACAUGUGCGGUUAGUAAUAGAAAUUGUUAUAAUAUCAAAUUAAAUAGAGUCAGAAAACGAAAAUCAAAUAAAUGA